UAUAUAGUUUGUAAAGCGACAGAAGAAAGUAUCAAAUAAGAAACCAAUAAAAUAACAAGUGUUAAAAUUAUAUAAUUAAUAAAACGAGAACCGUCCUCAUUAAGAAAUAACUCAUUAACAUUUAAAACCAUCAAGAACCUUUGAGUUUUCUCUUCAAGAACAAGAUGAACGACCACAAAAAAUUACUCCAAGGGGGAAUGCAAGAAGAAAAUCGAGCAAAGAAACCAAUAUCCGCUUCGCCUACAAUGUCUCAGCUCGUGACAGCAAACUCAAACGCAGAUCUAACAGGUCCAUCAGAGGUCGUGUUUAACGUUUGCUGCUUAUGCGUCUAUUGUCCUCUUUGCAUUCUCUGGUGCUGCAUCAAAUUGCCUUGUGCAAUCGGAUGGCGAGCCAUCCAAAAAGCUGGACGCCACUUAAGUGGCUGCAGCGGCUGUGGCAGAAGCUUGAGCAUGAAGAUUAAGGCUACAGAUUAUUCUUCAUUUUCGGAUAUUGAUUCAGAUGAAGUGAAAUACAAAGCUCAUAGUCUUUUAAAACGAAUUGGCUGAAUUAAAAAAUUUAAACACUUUCAUAAACUCCCAAACUUUCUCUCAUGCCUUUUUCUCUGAUCUGCGACUUGAUUGUCCCAAACGCGGACGCCAAAAGCUGGAGUUGACUUCUUAAUGACGAGUAGAUCAAGACGUUGUGAUAUACCAACGAUGUAUUAUGUAUAUAUUAUUUGAUAAUUUAGAGUUUGAAGAUGUUGUUGUGGUGGAUUAAAAAGCUAUAUGUAUUAUAUAUAUAUAUAUUACUUGGUCGUUAUAUAAAAGAAAUUAUAUUAGUUGGUGUGGCUUAAAUUCAUUUUUAAUUGACAUCAGUAAGGAAUAAAGCUGUGAUUGUCCCUUUUUCUUCUUCAGUUAUUUGUAUAAAAAUAGGAAAUAACAUAACAGAGAAUUCACCGGAGAAAAUAACAAUAAUCACCUAAAAUGUUGAUCUUUUAGAUAGUAUCAUAAUCUAUACUAUACUAAAAGGAGGAUAUAUAAGCUCCUCUUAGAGUAUCCACGUAGGCACAAAAAAUCGUCCAAUCAGAGAGUCCGAAGUUGUCUCGUCAUCUUAUUUAUUUUUCAUAAAAAAUGAAAAAACAAUGCAAAGGACAAGAUCGAACCCGGGUUA